AUGUCGGCAGCGGUGACAACACACACCGCCGAGUCGGCGACUGGCCAUGCUGCGUCGCUCGCCAACAUUGGCGGUGCAGCAGCUUCGGCGAACGCCCUCGGCAUUCAGUCUUUCUAUCAGUCCAAGAUCCGAUCCUACGAGAUCCUCAUCAACCAAAAGACACAGAACCUUCGUCGUCUUGAAGCUCAAAGAAACGCGCUCAACGCUCGCGUCCGCCUUCUACGCGAAGAGCUCCAGCUACUUCAAGAGCCAGGCUCCUACGUUGGCGAGGUGGUCAAGGUGAUGGGCAAGAAGAAGGUGUUGGUCAAGGUGCAGCCAGAGGGCAAGUAUGUCGUCGAUAUUGCCUCGGACAUCGACAUCUCCACCCUCACACCUACCCUCCGUGUCGCGCUUCGAUCUGACUCGUACACACUACACAAGGUGCUGCCCAACAAGAUCGACCCCCUUGUCUCGCUCAUGAUGGUUGAAAAGGUGCCCGACUCGACAUACGAGAUGGUUGGCGGUCUUGACCGUCAGAUCAAGGAGAUCAAAGAAGUCAUCGAACUACCCGUCAAGCAUCCCGAACUUUUCGAAUCUCUCGGUAUCGCUCAGCCCAAAGGUGUGCUGCUCUAUGGUCCACCUGGUACCGGAAAGACGCUGCUUGCACGAGCCGUCGCUCACCACACCGACUGCCGCUUCAUCCGCGUUUCGGGUUCCGAACUCGUGCAAAAGUACAUCGGUGAAGGCUCGCGCAUGGUCCGAGAGCUCUUCGUGAUGGCAAGAGAGCACGCACCUUCUAUCAUCUUCAUGGACGAGAUCGACAGCAUCGGAUCGUCACGAGGCGAGAGCGGAUCGGGAGGCGGUGAUUCUGAGGUGCAACGAACCAUGCUCGAGCUGCUCAAUCAGCUCGACGGCUUCGAAGGCACCAAGAACAUCAAGGUAAUCAUGGCCACCAACCGUAUCGAUAUCCUCGACUCGGCUCUUUUGCGACCGGGAAGGAUCGACCGUAAGAUCGAGUUCCCUCCUCCGGGCCCCGAGGCUCGUGUCUCGAUUCUGCGCAUCCACAGCCGAAAGAUGUCCUUGCAACGCGGCAUCAACCUGCGUGCCCUUGCCGAAAAGAUGGGUCAAUGUUCCGGUGCCGAGGUGCGAGGUAUCUGCACCGAAGCUGGCAUGUACGCCUUGAGGGAGCGUCGCCAGCACGUCUCGCACGAAGAUUUCGAGCUCGCCAUCGCAAAGGUUCUCCGUGCACAAGCCUCUUCCGAGACCUCGGUCAACAAGCUUUUCACCUGA